CAUCAUCAUCAUCAGAUUACUCGGAACACUAGUGGUCGUGUUGAGAUUCACUCCGCCAGCUGGCACCGGCUAGUUGUAGUUGUCCCCGAUCAUCGUCUUCUGCACGAUGCCGUACACGGCCACCCACGCGGCCUUCGUCUCGGCGUCGAAGGCGUCGCCCAGGGCGUCGCCAAGCGUCGCGAUCAGCGCCUCGCCGACGAUCGCGUAGUGCUCCGGCACGACGCCGUAGCCGACGUGCUUCGUGCCGAGGCUCGUCAGGAUCGGCACGAGCUCGUCGAGCUUCGUGAGCAUGCCGACGGCCGUCUCGACCGUGGCCACAACCUUAGUCGCGUGCGCCUUGAGGGCCUCCUGCGCGAAGAGCGCGUCGUUGACCUCGGCGCCCUCGACCCGGCCGAAGCUGAAGAGCGGCAGCGCCUGCGGCGCGAUGCGGAAGAUGUGCUUGAACAGGAUGACGCCGGCCGCCUCGUGCGUCACGCCCGCGUCGACCUGCGAGGGCGCUCGACCGUCGCGGCCGUCGUGGCCUCGCGCGUCGCGGGGUGCGCCGGCUGCAAGUGAGGAUCUUGACUCAUCCCGACGUCGGACCGCCGCGUCCCGCGCGGAUCGCGCCGGUCGCGAUUUCCGCGGCGCGACGCGUUCUGCGCCUUCGCCGCGUCGCGGGGCGACCACGACCGCUGCGUUUGUGCUCGACGCGCGUCAAACCGCAGCCUUUUUUGCAGCCUCUCCGACAAAAAUUGAGAGAUUUCAAGCGCUGAUUGCAACGAUCUUCUGCCAUGAUGACUGGACGAUUUCGACGGUCUUCUGAAGGUCCGCAGCCAUUUUUUCGCAAUAUUCCUCGUAGUAAUUCCUGAGCAGCAAUUAGCCCAAUGAGUUG